UGGUGCCCUCGAUCGCCCUCCCAUUGUAUCGCUCGCAUCGCACAGGAAAAGGCGAUCACAAUUCACAGCAACUUUUUAAUCUUCUUUUCCUGCUCGAUCUGUCGUCCGCAUCUCCUCCGUCGUCACCGGAUCUUCUCCCUGCUUGUUCAUCUGGUUGCUGCACUAUGUCUAGUUCCACAAAAUCUCUUGAUCCUGCAUUUCAGGGAGCUGGUCAAAGAGUUGGGAUGGAGGUUUGGCGUAUUGAGAAUUUUCAGCCUGUACCUCUUCCGAAGUCUGAUUAUGGUAAAUUUUACUCAGGAGAUUCAUACAUAAUCUUACAGACAACUUCUAGAGGUGGCGCAUAUGUGUACGACAUUCACUUUUGGAUCGGAAAAGAUUCUAGUCAAGAUGAAGCAGGGACUGCUGCAAUCAAGAGUGUUGAGCUUGAUGCAGUACUCGGAGGUCGUGCUGUUCAGCACAGAGAACUUCAAGGCAAUGAAUCUGACCAGUUUUUGUCAUAUUUCAAACCAUGCAUUAUUCCUCUCAAAGGAGGUUUUGCUUCUGGAUUCAAAAAACCAGAAGAGGAGAAGUUUGAGACACGACUGUAUAUAUGCAGAGGAAAGCGCAUUGUUAGAAUGAAACAGGUUCCUUUUGCUCGCACAUCUUUGAAUCAUGAUGAUGUAUUUAUACUGGACACGGAUAAGAAGAUAUAUCAAUUUAAUGGUGCUAAUUCUAAUAUCCAAGAAAGAGCAAAAGCACUGGAAGUAGUUCAACAUUUGAAAGACCAGUAUCAUGAUGGGAAAUGUGAUGUUGCAAUAAUUGAAGACGGAAAACUCCAAGCAGAUUUAGAUUCUGGUGAAUUCUGGGUGCUUUUUGGUGGUUUUGCACCAAUUGCCAAGAAGGUUUUGACUGAAGAUGACCUUGCUCUAGAAAUUGUUCCUGCAAAACUCUAUAGUAUAAAUGUUGGUCAGUUGAAGCUGGAAGAUAACAAUCCUUCCAGAGCAAUUUUAGAGAAUAAUAAAUGCUAUGUACUGGAUUGUGGAGCUGAGAUAUUCAUUUGGGUUGGUCGGGUAACUCAAGUUGAUGAGAGAAAAGCUAUAAGCAAAGCUGCUGAGGAUUUGAUCAUUAAUCAAAAUAGAUCAAAGGCAACACAGAUAACUCAAGUUAUUCAAGGUUAUGAGACACAGUCAUUUAAAUCCCACUUUGAAUCGUGGCCAGUGGGUUCAGGAUCUGGAGCAGGAAUCCCUGGUGGUGAUGAAGCCCGAGGAAAAGUGGCUGCUUUGCUAAAGCAACAAGGUGUUGAUGUGAAGGGCGCAUCCAAAGCACCAGUUCUAAGUGAGGAGAUUCCCCCAUUAAUUGAAGGAUCAGAAAAACUUGAGGUUUGGCUUAUUAAUGGUGGCACAAAAAAACCAAUUUCAAAUGAAGAGAUCGGUAGAUUUUACAGUGGGGAUUGUUACAUUGUACUCUGUACUUAUCGUGCCAGUGAGAAAAAAGAUGAAUACUACUUGUGCUGUUGGAUAGGAAAGGACAGUGUUCAGGAUGAUCGAGCAACAGCUACUCGGUUGUCUAACUCAAUCUGCAACUCAUUGAAAGGACGACCUGUUCAGGGCUAUGUCUUUCAAGGCAAAGAACCACCUCAGUUUAUUGCACUUUUUCAGCCUAUGGUUAUCCUAAAGGGUGGAAUCGGCUCUAGCUACAAAAAGCAUUUAGCAGAGAAGAACAUCAAUGAUGAAACUUACACUUCGGAUAGCAUUGCACUUAUUCAAGUAUCUGGUACAUCAGUCCAUAAUAAUAAAGCCAUUCAAGUUGAUGCGGUCGCAACAUCCUUAACCUCCAGCGAUUGUUUCCUUUUACAAUCUGGGACUUCUCUAUUUGCUUGGCAUGGAAUCUCAAGUACUUUGGAACAACAGCAGUGGGCUGCAAGAGUUGCUGAGUUUAUAAAGCCAGGUGUCACACUGAAGCAUGCCAAGGAGGGAACAGAGAGUUCUUCUUUCUGGUUUGCUCUUGGUGGAAAGCAAAACUAUACUAACAAAAAAGUUGUUCAAGAUAUCAUUAAAGAUCCCCACUUGUACACAAUUUCAUUAAAUAAAGGAAAAUUUGAGUUCCCUGAAGUUUUCAAUUUUUCACAAGAUGAUUUAUUGACUGAGGACAUGUUGAUACUUGAUUCACAUGUUGAGAUUUUUGUUUGGGUUGGUCAACAUGUGGAUUCCAAGGAGAAACAAAAGGCAUUUAUUGUAGGACAGAAAUACAUUGAGCAUGCAGUGCCACUUGAGGGUCUAUCUCCAGAUAUUCCUAUGUAUAUAGUCACUGAAGGUAAUGAACCAUGCUUCUUCACAGCAUACUUCACUUGGAACAACACAAAGGCAAUGGCUCAAGGAAAUUCAUUCCAGAAAAAAUUAUCACUACUUUUUGGUACAGUUAUGCAUACUCCAGAGUCUAACAAGCCUGACAAUGUGAGUAAUAGUGGACCCACUCAAAGAGCAUCAGCUUUAGCAGCCCUCUCUUCUGCAUUCAAUCCAUCUUCAAGCAGUUCAUCACAAUCCAGCAAGGCAAACAAUGUUAAUCACAGUGGUGGACCCACUCAAAGAGCUUCAGCAUUAGCGGCCCUCAACUCUGCAUUCAAUUCAUCUUCGAGUGCUUUGCCGCAGUCGAAUAACAAAGCCUACACUGUGAACCACAGUGGUCCGACACAAAGAGCAUCUGCUUUAGCAGCAUUAUCGUCUGCAUUCAAUCCAGCUUCAAGCAAAAAAACUACUGCUCCAAAGCCACCAGAACCAAAACAAGGGUCACAGAGAGCAGCUGCAUUUGCUGCCCUAUCUUCUGUUUUGACUGCUGAAACGAAGAAGGGUGAGUCUGAAAUUUCCACAGCAAGAAGCAGCAGAAGCUCUUCUCCUGCUCCAGAAGCAACUGGCACUGUUCCUUUAAGAACUCAAAGUCUGGAGUUGAGGGUGGAAGAUCUUGUAGAACUUUCUGGAGGAAAGGAAGACAAUGAAGACAACCACGUAUUAGCGAGCCAAGUGGUGGACUCAGAGGAACCACAAGACCCAGAUACAGCAGAGCACAAGGGUGAAAGUACAUAUAGUUAUGAGCGGCUGAAAUCAAACUCAAGCAGUCCUGUUCGAGGAAUCGAUUACAAACGAAGAGAGGUUUACUUAUCUGAUGCCGAGUUCCAGAAUGUGUUCGGUAUGACCAGAGAACUCUUCAAUCAGCAGCCCAAGUGGAAGCAGGACGUCCAGAAAAGAAAGAAGGAUCUCUUCUAAGUAUGUGAAAUCGUGAAGUGAACCACUCGCCCAUUUGCAUUUUCAUUGCUUCUUUGGAUUGGUUAUUUGAUCCUUGAUUUUUUUAUUCGAAUUCUGCGAUCGGCCCUCUUGGUAUUUCUUUAUUUAUGCCGAGUGUUUGCUAGCAUGAGUUUGAAACUACUAAGGAUUAUUCUUUUAGAGGAAACGAUAAAUCGAAGAAGUGUGUUUUAAUGUGUUUGGCCAUUCCAGUGUGUCCAUAUGUAUAUAUUUUUAGGGUUUGUUGCAUAUGGACUGUUGCUUCAAUGGAAGUGGUAUACAUCAAGCUUCUACUCGUAAAUUUGAUGAAUGUAAUAAUGUUUGGUUUCUGUUAAGAGCCACUUUGUUUAUGAUUCUCUGUACUUCACAGAUUAAAUGAUAAAGUUUAUUCA